CGGCUUCGAAGAUCUAGUGCACUGAAGUUACUGUACAACAAGGGUUUUGAAAGUUGUUAAACUAACUAGACAAAUAUCCCAUUUUGGAUGUAUAAAGUGUUACAGCUCUUCACAAGAACGAUUCUAAUAAUACUGGAACGUCACGAUGAGAAAGAGUGAGGUGCUCGCAGCUGAGUCUGUGGCAUGCCUGAAUAAAGCUCUGUGCCACCUGAAGGACAUCUGGGAGGAGAUUGGUAUUCCGGAGGACCAAAGACUGCAGAGAACCAAUGUUGUCAAAAACCACAUUCAAGGGAUGUUGGACAUGAUGAUUGCUGAGGAGGAAUCUCUGAAAAAAAGACUGAUCUGCAGCCUUGAAAGAUGCCGGAAAGAGCUGGAGACACUCACCCUGGAACUGCAGUUGCCUCCAUUUGAGGAGGAGAAGGGUAACAGCAUGCUCCAGCAGGAGAAAGACAUCCGCACGCGAGUGGAGAUCCUGGUGAAGGAGAGGAGCCAGAGGGUGCAGCAGCUGAAAGCCCUGGUUGAGCAGGAUCAGGACCUGUGUGAUAUCCUGUGCUCCCAGGCCCACGCCAUCACCCCCAACUGCGUCCCCUCUAUGGAGCAGCUGGACAGCUUCCGCCGGCACAUCUCCAACCAGAUGGCAGAGAAGGGGAGGAGGCGAGCAGAGUUUGUGGACGUCAAGAAGCAGAUCAUCCUGUGUAUGGAGGACCUGGACCAGCUUCCUGAGACGAGCUUCGAGAAGGACAUUGUUUGUGAAGAUGAGGAUGCGUUCUGCCUGUCCAGAGAAAAUAUUACCUCACUCAAACUCCUCCUUUGCCAGCUGGAGGAGAGGAAGGCAGACAACGAAGUUGUGUGUGAGAGUCAUAGAGAGAAGAUCCAGGAGCUUUGGUCCAGGCUGCAGGUCCCGCAGGAGGAAAGAGAGGCCUUCUCUGAACACAUGGUUACCUCCAAGAAGAGGAACCUGGAAGCAUUGCAAGCGGAGGUCCAGCGCCUGGAGGAGAUAAAGCUACGAAACAUUGUUAAUGUCAUUGAAGCCAUGCGCUCAGAGAUAGCUGUGCUCUGGGAGAAGUGCUUCUUCAGCACCGACCAGCGGCAGGCCUUUCUGGCAUACUUCAGUGAGGAGUUCACUGAGGAGCUGCUGAGCCUGCAUGAGGCUAAAAUCUUGCUUCUGAAACGGCACUAUGAGGAGCACCAAGAGUUGUUUGAAGGAGUCCACCGCUGGGAGAACAGCUGGAGACUCUUCCUGGAGCUGGAGAAAAAAGCCACAGAUCCCGGCAGAUUCACCAACCGAGGAGGAAACCUCCUCAAGGAAGAGAAGCAGAGGUCAGAGUUGCACAAAAGCCUUCCGAAGCUUGAGAAAAAGCUGAAAGCCCAGAUCGAUGUUUGGGAGCUGGAGCAGGGUAGGGAGUUCCUGGUCAACGAACAGAAGUUCCUGCAGUUUGUGGAGGAGCAGUGGGAGCUGCACCGCAUUGAGAAAGAAAGAGAGAAACUGGAGAGGCAUCUGAAGAAAAACAAACAGACAGAGGAGGAUAUGCUCUAUGGGACAUCUGUCCGAACUCCAACCAAACGUAGAUUCCUUGGCACUGCAACCCCCAGUAAAACACGAAAGCUUAACGCUACCUCCAGCACCUCUAGUGCCAACUCUAACAGCACUAUGCGCUCCGUCUAUGGCGGGACUGUCUGCCACUCACCUAUGUCCCGCCCCCCACUGUCAGCAAACAAGGGCCCUGGAGCACGGACCCCAGGACGUAGCAAACCCCCUCAUGGAGGCCUGCAGGAGCGUCACAAGGAGAACAUAGCCCAGGUGAAUGUGUCUCCUUUGUGCGGAGUGCUGCGGACCCCUGCUAGUCCACAGCGUACCAUCAGUAUUCACUCUGUUGCCAGCACCUACUCAGAGUUUGCGCGAGAUCUCUCCAAGGCCUCCAACACCAAGUGCAAGCCAGAUAUCCUGAACUCCACCAUUACUCACCUUUGAUCCCAGUACUUGGACAAUGACAGAAUAACUAGAAUGACAUCACACUCCAUUCUUCAUUCUCCAUUCUAACAACUGUUUCUGAUGGGAAUCACUACAUUUUUAUUGGCGUUUGUCUGUUCUUAUUUGUAAAUGAUAGUAGUAAUAUACAAAGUGUUAUGGGCAAAUAUUGUAAGUAGGUCUAUGUGUUCUGAAUUGUAUCAUAUUGCAACUAACACUGUUUUAGCUUUUAAAGAAUGUACUGAAAUGUUUAUUGUAUUCAGGUAAGAUGUAGUAUAAAACGUUUUAUCCUAUAUCUGGUCCUGCACUUAGUAUUAGUAAAAGAAGAAGAUCUAGGGGUAGCCAGUGUUCUUUCCUAUAUGCAAAAUGGGCUUUCAAUCCAUGUGGGUAUACUAAAACAUGAGACACUGAUCAUGAAUACUUUGCACAAUCUAUUUACUAAUGUAUAUUAUAGUUUUUCACUCAUGCUAUAUUCUAUCACCCUUUCAUUAAGUGGCAUAUGUUUAACCGGUAUCUAGGCUAUAUUCAUUUUUGAGUAGAUGCUGUUAGAAAAUGAUUCGUUUAAAUGCUGACAUAGGUUCAUACCUACUGUUACAGUAUGCUCUGGGAAAUUGGGGGAAAUUAUUUUUAUUAUAUGGUUAUGUAAUGGGUUAAAUUAAUCAAAUGACGUUCGUUUCACAGACCCGGUGGUAUUCAAAUAAACAUUUUGGUUUAAUUUGGCAUACCAAAGCUUGUUACCGGUAUUCAAAUAUAA